CGAGACUAGAUUACAGCUUUUAGCCACGAACUCCUCGAAGGAAUUCAAUGUAGCUGACGAUGGCGGUUCCGACGACGACCUCUCGGUAUUGAUCAAGCCGGGCGACGUCUGAACGCAUCUUCUCCAUCCAGUCCGCUCACUCAAAGUAUCCUUGGCUCCCAGUUGGAAGUUCGUCAUGGGCGACCGCGAUUCAGACGAUGUUUUGAAGGACUUUUUCGUGCCAGAUUACAUCCUGGGACACGGCUCAGAAAGGGUCGGGGAUUUUUCCCAUGCGCCUGCCUGUCCGGUCAUAGUGUUUAUAAACUCCAAAAGCGGUGGUCAGCGAGGGGGAGAUCUUAUUGUUACCUACAGGACUCUACUUAAUAAGAAUCAGGUUUUUGAUUUGGGAGAGAUAGCUCCCGGAGAGGUGCUACGAGAGCUUUAUAAAAAUCUAGAAAUUCUGAAACAGGAUGGUGAUCCUUUGGCCAGUGAAAUCCAGAAAAGACUGAAACUAAUUGUUGCAGGGGGGGACGGCACAGCUAACUGGCUUCUUGGGGUAGUUUCUGAUCUCAAAUUAUCUGAACCACCUCCAGUUGCUACUGUGCCUCUUGGAACUGGAAAUAACCUUCCAUUUUCCUUUGGCUGGGGAAAGAAAAAUCCCAGGAUAGAUAGGCAAUCCGUGAUGUCAUUCCUAAAUCAAGUGAAGACUGCAAUAGAGAUGAAAAUAGACGGUUGGCAUUUGGUCAUGCGAAUGAGAGCUCUUAAGGAAGGUUCAUGUGAUCCAAUUGCACCAAGUGGACAAACCAAUUCAUUGAAUGCAUUCCAACAGGUCUUUGAGCCAGAUCCCUCAUAUAUGGAUGGGUUCCACAAAUAUGGUGGAAGAUUUUGGAACUACUUUAGCAUGGGAAUGGAUGCACAGGUAUCAUAUGCAUUUCACUCGGACAGGAAGUUACACCCGGAAAAGUUUAAGAACCAGUUAGUUAACCAAAGCAAUUAUUUGAAGCUUGGAUGUACUCAAGGAUGGUUUUGCACAUCUUGUUUUCACCCUUCUUCACGGAACAUAGCACAGCUGGCAAAUGUCAGGAUAUUGAGAAGACAAGGUCAGUGGGAGGAUCUCUAUGUACCUCGCAGUAUCCGAUCCAUUGUGUGCCUCAACUUGCCCAGCUUUUCUGGUGGACUUGAUCCUUGGGGAACGCCAGACCCUAAGAAAUCACAUGAGAGAGACUUGACACCUCCAUACGUUGAUGAUGGCCUAAUUGAGAUCGUCGGUUUUAGAGAUGCUUGGCAUGGACUAAUAUUACUACUCCCAAAAGGACAUGGGACUCGCCUUGCACAGACAAGUAGAGUUCAUUUCGAGUUCAAAACAAGAGCAGCAGAUCACACCUACAUGAGAAUCGACGGGGAACCCUGGAGACAACCAUUGCCAUUUGAAGAUGGAAGCGUCACUGUAGAGAUUUCCCAUGCGGGUCAAGCGAAAAUGCUUGCCCCUCCAUCUUGCCGGUCCAAAAGUUUGCCCAUUACUUAGCGGAAUAAAGGAGGCAAUAUGAUCGAAGAAGUGCUCAUUAAAGUGGAGAAAGAAGAGAAGGUAUAAAUGCCGAUAGAGUUUACAUUAUCGCUGGUAAGUUAUUUGAUGCCAUUGAGCCUCUAGAAUAACUCCGAGAAUCAAUGCAGUCCAGCCUGCUCUGUGUUAGCUGUAUCCUGUCCAAUGAAGGAAGUGUUCUGGCAGGACCUGCCACUGGAUUAGAUUUUACAUCUGACCAAUGAAUUCUUGUAAAAGGCUAUGCUGAAUCACCGGACUUCCAACAGACUUGAUAUUUUUGCAAGUAUGGUAAGGAAAAGUCGGUGCACUGAAAGUUUUACCUUCUUUUCUGAUUUGAUUGUUUAGUAGGAGUUCUAUUCUUAAAAGUCUAGCACUAGAAGGUACCGUGAUAGCAAAUACUGAUCAAACCAGACAUCUAGACAUUCUCUGCUGGCUUGUCCUCUUCGCUGUCUUUCUGUUGCAAAGAUCAGAAGGCGUGACAUCGAAAAUCUCAACCGGUUUUCAUGUGAA